AUAUAUAUGGUUUUAUGCGACUACAGACUGUCGCAUGCCUGUGACGUCAGAGCGGACAGCUGAUCGCUGCGCGCCGCGUGUUGACAACACGAGCCGGAGCACGCGUGUCCCGACGAGGGAAGGACUUUGCUUUCACCUUGUUAUGAUCCCAGGUGAACGAGCAAGGCAGCAGCUGCCACAGCGACGCCCAGAGAUGCCCAAGUACUGCUCGGCCCCGGACUGCGUGAACGACUCCGGGAGCGGGAAUGACGGGAAAAGCUUUUACAAGUUCCCUCUGCAGGACCCGGCCCGCCUGCAGCAGUGGCUGCGGAACAUGGGCCGGGAACACUGGACUCCUUCCCGACACCAGUACAUCUGCCACGAGCACUUCGAGCCCUCGUGCUUCAAGGUGCGCUGGGGGAUCCGGUACCUGGAGAGCGACGCCGUGCCCACCGUCUUCCCGGAGCUCAAGAAACGGAAAGCGGCUGAUCCCAGCGAGAGGGAGCCGAAGCGUCUCAGGAGUGACGACGAUCCCAGCGAGGCGGCGUCAGGUGACCGGACGAAGACUCUCGACGCUGCAGGGAUGAAGAGUCUCGAUGCUGCAGGGGUGAAGAGUGAAUCACACACGGUGCAGCUGUACGAGAUCGCCGUGGAGACGUCACAGCCGGGGGAAACCGGUUUGGUGGAGUGGAGAGAUGUCGGGGAGUCUGACCGUCCUCUGCAGACGGACUCGCUGGUCUCCGUAGGGUUGAACUUCCCUCUAACUUUGUACCAGAUGGGCGACGGCGCGGGGGACUCGGACCUGCUGCUGGUGUCGGCCGGGGACGGGCCGGAGGAGCUGCUGAAGGGAAUCACCGCUGCCGUUUUAGGUCAGGGGGGCAGGUUGGUGGUGGCGGACGGAGCCGCGCUCCAGAACGGCGCUGGGGAGCUCCAGGAGCUCCCGGGCCUCCAGGGAGGUCAGGACACGGAGGUCAUCGCCUACUUUGAGGCGAUUCCCAGCGUCUUCCCCUGUGAAACGUCUCCCAAGUUCACGUCGUCCCCGAAUACAGUGCUGUCGUCCGCCCUGAGCUCGGAGCCCAUCUCGUCCACGCUGCCCAUCACCUCCAAACACGUGGCGCCCCCCGCUGCGCCGCCCGCCGCGCCCCUGGUGCCCCUGGUGCCCCUGCAGGGCCUGGACGGAGACGCAGACGGAGACGAAGGCCUGUCGGAGACGGACGACCCGGAGCAGCAGGAUCAGCAGCUGGAGGAACACUGCUACCACAGGAGCAGCCUGAACAAGGAGCAGCUGGAGGCCGUGGUGGCGGAGCUGCAGAAGAAGGUGAAGGUGCUGCAGCAGCGGCACCGCCGGCACCUGGAGAAGCUGCUGGGACUGGAGAACGUGGUGGGCCAGCUGCGGCAGAGCAACCUGCUGAACGAGGAGCGGCUGCAGCUGCUGGAGCGGGCGUACAUACAGGGCGGCGUGGCCACAGCGGCGGAUGCCGGGGAGACGGUCGCCAUCAUCUACGAGGAGGACAACGCUGCGUACCUGUACACUCCACUGAAGGAUGCAGAAACGAUGCUGUGAGGCCGCGGGAAAUGUUUGUCUUUGCCUACUGUGCCAAAAUAAAACAACAAUAAUGAUAAUAACUAAAGAAAACCGCUAAUGCUACUGAAAACUUAGUCCUUUUCUACUUAGUUUUACUCCAAACUACAUCUGUGGUCCAUCUGCUGUGAGACUUGCACUAAUGUGGAUGAGAUGUAAUCAGAAUGUAUUGUCUUUUUCUUUUUUUUUUAAGUUUCUAGCUCUCUACGACAUGUUUCUUGUCUCCAGAUUUUGUUUGACUUGUUGAAAUAUUUUUGU